AUAAGCCGAUGCACCUUGACACGAAAAAAAUUUAUAACCGGGAAAACGAACAACGACAAGAUGGCGUCUAAGCUCAUUUGCUUCGUGGCGGUGCUUUGUGCUUUGCAGCAUGUCCAAGCGUCCGCGGUGCAGAAACGUAGCAUCAUCGAUGACAUCAAAAGCGAGGUGGAGAAGGUUGCACAAGAGGCCCAGCAGAAGGCUGCGGACGCCGUGUCUGAGGUGUCGAGUCUGUGGGAUCAGAUCAAAAGCAAGGUUUCCGAGGUGAUCAGCUCCGCGUCAGCUAAUCUGAACGCCAAGGCUCAAGAGGCGAAAGACAAGAUACAGGAGGUUGUGUCUGCAGCCAAGCAGAUCGGGGCAAACAUCGGGACAUGCGUGAGCGAAGGAUUAGAGGAAGUCAACAGCGUGAAUAGCCUGGCAUAUGAAGACUUGCAAACAUGCGUGAAAAGCGCCGAAGCUCCUUUGGAGCCACUGAAAGCUGAUAUUGCGAACCUGGCCGACCAAUCAGAGCAGCUAGUCAAGGACAUCCCCGCAGACUUAUCCUCCUGCAAGCGUGCGUCUGUGCUGCAGCUCCCGGAGCAGCUGAGUUGCUACGUUGAGGUCGGCAAUACAUAUCUGUCCAAAGGUUUGCUGAUGGUUUCAUCGAUUGCUUACGACUUGUCAGAGUUCAAGACGCAGUUGGAAGAGGCUUCACAAAAAAUUGUUAAAUGCGGCACUGACGAAGUAGGAGAAGCUCUCAAGAAAUAUAAGGACAUCUCUGAGAGUGUUCAGACUUGUGUCUUCAAUGGGCCAUCUACUGAAUGAACUGUCGUUAUGACAAUGGGGGAAGAAAGAAAACGGGAGGCUUAAUGUCAGUCUCACACAAUCUUGCUGAUUUAAAACAAAUGUGAAAAUGUAGAGGCUCAAUAAACUGUGAGUCAUGCCGAAA